AUGUUCACAAAAAAAGAAGAUGGUAUUGAUUGGACUAUUAUACUUUUCUCACUUUCAACUCUUCUUAAGACCCUUGUUAUGAGAAUCCCUCUUUUAACAUCUAAUUAUGGUGAUUUCUCUGGACAUUUCAUGUUUCCUGAAACUGUAGCUUCUAUACCCUCAUUCAAAGUUGAAUCCAAUGUGGUGCAUGGAGAGAUUGAAGUGCAGCUUGAGGAACAAGAUCUGGUUUCAGAAUUGAAAUUUUGGGAAUAUGCGCUGAUCAUGUAUGCGAUAGGUGAUGAACUUUCAAUGAAUGGGGUUAGGAAGUUUAUGCUGAACUACUGGAACUUUGUGACUUUGCCGGAGCUAUACUAUAAUGAGGAAGGAUUCUUCAUUAUUCGAUUCAAAUCGAAAGAGGACAGAAAUGAGGUGGGACAUGAGUGCAGAAAGAUUGAGCCUCAACCUCAGCCAAAGAAGAAAAAUGAAGCCCAACCAGCUUGGAUUAAGAAGAAAGUGAUUGAACCAGGAGAAUGCAGUAAAACUAAUGAUACUGUGAAUGUAGAGGAAGAUGCAGCUUGGAAGACAAUUCCAGUAUCAAAUAGGAAGAAGCAAAAGGAGACUGAGAUAACUAUAACUGCCAUCCAAAUGGGAGACUCUGGCUCAUAUGGAAUACAGGACCGUAUUGGAGGUAAUGAAGUACGCAGAGCAGAAUAUAUUGAGUUAGAAGAAUUGAUGAAUGACAUUGGACUCUAUGAGCAUGAAACUAGGGGAAGCCACUACACUUGGUCUAACAAGCACGGUCAAGGAGCUAUCUAUAGCAGAAUUGAUAUCGCUAUAUGCAAUGGAGAGUGGUUCAGUGCAUUCCCUAGAAAAGACUACAUGGACACCUUAAGGGAGAGUUGGAGAAUCCCUAUAGAGGGCAGGCCUAUGUACAUCUGCUGGAGGAAACUCAUCAGAUUGCAAAAGGUCAUGAUUUCCCUCAAUAGAGCCAUCGCAGAUGGAGUUAAGAGAAUCCAACUUAGUAGAGAUAAUCUUGAAAAAGUUCAAACUAUGCUGGAGGAAGAUAAAUUCAAUAGGGAUAUUAUUGAACAAGCCAAGUAUUGGACUGAUGAGAUUAUCAAAGGGACUAACAUUGAAGAGAAAAUUCUCAGCCAAAAAGCUAAGGUGGAUUGGUUGCAAUUAGGGGAUGGUAACAACAGAUACUUCCAUGCUAUUGUGAAUCAAAAGAAUAAACAAAAAAGUCUGCUUGGGUUGGAAGAUCAGAAUGGAAAGCUGUUAACUGGGUUUCAAGACUUGGAGGAGGAGAUUCUGAAAUUUUAUACCAACCUGGUGGGUACUGCUUCAAAUAACCUGGACCAUGUGGAUAUCAUGGCUCUAAGGAAUGAAACUCAAUUGAGGGAAGAUCAAAGAGUGGAAUUAGAGCAACCUAUCACUGUGAAUGAAAUUACUAAUGCCUUAAAAAGCAUUGGGGAUUCCAAAGCUCCAGGAAUUGAUGGAUACAAUGCUAAGUUCUAUAAGGCUAGUUGGCAUGUUAUUAAGAAGGAGGUUAUAGAUGCAACAAAGGAGUUCUUCCAAGAUGAUAGGCUUUACCCUGCUAUAAAUUGCACACUGGUGACUCUUAUCCCAAAACAUACUGAAGCAAGGAAGAUGAAGGACAUGAGGCCAAUAGCAUGCUGCACCACACUAUAUAAAAUCAUUUCAAAAAUCUUAACUGUCAGAUUGAGCAAAGUCAUUGGAUGCCUGGUGGAUCCAAGUCAAUCUGCCUUCAUCCCUGGCAGAGUGAUUCAUGACAAUAUCCUCAUGGCCCGGGAGCUCCUUAGAAGGUAUACCUGCAAAUAUUUGUCUCCCAAGUGUGCCAUCCAGAUGGAUCUCCAGAAGGCAUAUGACACUGUUGAGUGGUAUGCCCUGGAGUGUAUCUUGAGAGAAAUGAAUUUUCCUCCUCACUUUACAAAAUGGAUUAUGCUAUGUAUGACCACUGCGUCUUAUAGGUAUUAUAUCCAUGGUAGACAAAGUAAAAUCCUUAAGGCCAAGAGAGGAUUGAGACAAGGAGACCCCAUGUCUCCCCUCCUCUAUGUUUUAAUUAUGGAGUAUUUGCAUAGAUGUUUGAAAAAGCUGCAGUGUAGGCCUCAAUUUAAAUUUCAUCCUAAGUGUGCAAAAUUGAGCAUCAUCAACAUUUGUUUUGCGGAUGACAUAAUUUUAUUUACAAGGGGUGACACUACAUCUAUUCAGCUCAUUAUGGAGGAAGUUAAAGGCUUUUCCCAAGCAAUUGGAUUGAAAGCCAAUCCUCAAAAAUGUAAGGUAUUCUUUGGGGGAGUUAGCAUUGAUGAUCAAACUAAUAUCUUGGCUAUCACUGGUUUUUCUGCAGGUAACUUUCCAUUUAAGUAUCUUGGAGUUCCAAUCACCAGUAAGAAACUGCAUAUUGCCUUAUACCAACCUCUCAUUGAUAGGAUUGUUAUAAGGAUUCAGACUUGGACUGCUAGCAUCCUGAGCUACGCGGGCAGAAGACAACUCAUCCAAAGUGUGUUGAAUGCCAUGACAUCCUACUGGAUGCAAGUUUAUCCAAUGCCAAAAAAGGUGAUACAUCAUAUCUGUGCAAUUUGCAGGAGCUUUCUUUGGAGUAGCAGAGAUGAGAUCAGUAGGAAAUCUCCAAUUGCAUGGGAGUCUGUUUCUGAACCUAAGAAAGUAGGAGGGCUAAACUUGGUGGACUUGAAUUGUUGGAACAAAGCAACAAUUAUAAAGCUCCUGUGGAAUCUCCAGGCAAAGGCUGACAAAUUGUGGGUUAUGUGGAUGCAUGUAUACUAUCUGAAGGGACAGCCUAUUGAUACGUGGAGAAUGCCUACCAACUGUUCUUGGAUUAUGAAGAAAAUGAUGAGUUACCGUGCAGAUAUGCAUCAUAGUACCUAUUGGAACAAUUCUCUCCAGACUGGAAAAUACAUAACCAAAUACAUGUAUCACGAGCUCAGAGGUGAGAAGCCCCCCACUCCAUGGUACAAAAUAUUCUAUCAUAAUGCGGCGAGGCCUCGAGCAAGAUUCAUCAUGUGGCUUGCGUUAUGGGACGGGUUACCUACUAAAAGCAGAUUGGCCCGGUUUGGAAUUAUAACAGAUGGAGCAUGUGUUUUCUGCAAGAAGGAGGAAACACAAGAACACCUUCUAUUUGAUUGUGUGGUCACUGGAGAUAUUUGGAGGCAGAUUUUGAAGUGGAUUGGCUUUGAUAGAAUACCAUUUGCCUGGAACAAUUGUUGGAGCGGUAAAGCGAAAUGGUUAUACGAGGAAACCGCUAGAAAGGGCUGGAGAAGAAUGAUACUUAAGGCUGCUGCUGCUGAAACAAUCUAUUCCAUAUGGGAGUUACGAAACACAAUUAUUUUCAAGGGGCUUAAGGUGGAUGAUAAGCUUCCACACAGGAUCCGUACCAACAUUGUGACUAGAUGUAGUGGUAUCCCUAAGCUUAAGAAUCAUGUUAAUGUAGAAGAGCUUAGCAUUAGAUAA